AUGACUCGUUCUAAAGUCAACUCCAAGAAGCAACAGGGCAUUGACUUUAAGAAAAUAAGGCGAAAGGUUGGAAGGAAACUGCCACCACCUAAGAAUACAACAAAUACUGAAAUUAAAUCUAAAGCAAUUGUUCUGCCGGAACAGAGUGUAGCAGCAGAGAAGGCUGGUUUGGCUGUAAAUAAGAAAGGUUUGACUUUAAAAGAACUUCUCCAGCAAACAUCUCAUCACAAUCCAAAAGUUCGUAGAGAUGCAUUGAUUGGUAUUAAGGAUUUAUUUACCAGACAUCCAGAUGAACAGAAGUUGCACAAGUACGCUGCUGUAGAAAAACUUCGUGAGCGCAUUGGUGAUGAUGAUAAAGUGGUUCGGAAGUCAUUAUAUGAUCUUUUUAAAGUAGUGAUUUUACCUUGCUGUAAAGAGGACAAUCAAGAGCUGAUCGUUUCUUUAUUGAUGCCUUACAUUUUUAAUGCAAUGACUCAUUUGACGGUUGAUGUUCGGAUGAUGGCAUUUGAUUUUUUAGACCUCAUUCUUGAGUUUUAUCCUCCUUCCUUUUCACCAUCUUAUGCAGAAAAGAUUUUUCAGAAUUAUGAGGAUAUGCUAAGGAGGAACCAGUACUAUUUACAAGACAAAGGAAAACUAAAGGAUGCUCUUUCUGGGUUGGUUGGCUGCUUGUCACUCCUGCCAUGGAAUAAAGGAGGAACUGAUUUACACAAUAAGGAUGAUGCAGGACAAAGAGUAUUGCAUGCCUUUCAAGUUGACAUAUCUAUGAGCUCAAAUAGUUUUUCUUAUAUCAUAAAGAAUUUGAAGGAUCUAGUGCCAGCGUUAAUAACUAGUUUCCUGGAAUUUAUUCCAUUGAUUCAUUCUACAGCAAGUCUUGAAGGGAAGUCGUUUGGUUGUAUGACAUCCAUUCUUCAUAGCAUAGAUCUCAUAGUUAGGUCUAUAGCUUAUGGGACUGAUAAGAAAUCAGAAUCGCCAAGUUCUCAAGGUGAACCUGAUGUGGCUAUAUGGGAUAUUACCAUCUCUUCUGCACUCUUGAAGAAAUUAUUUCCUCUUUUCCCCCUCAAUCCGGUUGAUCAUCUUUCAGCAAGGGAUUGUGAUAGGUUGCUUGACUUGAACAUGAUCAUUACCAAAAUAUUUUUUGAAUUAAAUGAAUGGAUGUGUCCUCCUCCUAAUUUGUUGGAGACAUUUCUUGAAUUUCUUGAAAAUGCGCUGCUUGGGAAGUUCUGCAGCGCUACACAGUCUGGUAACGCUGCCUGGGAAGAGCAUUUAGUUCAACUCCUUCCAUUUAUUCCUAAAUUUGUUUCACGCGGGGCAAGCUAUUGGACAUCACGUCUUCUUCAGGCUUUUACCCAGACAUUCAGGGAGAGCAAACCAGGUUCCUUGCUGAAGUUGGCUUGUGUUUCUGCUAUUGAAGAUAUGCUAACUUAUAUUGAAAGCAAGCUUUCCAUAGGGACAAACAAUCCAGAAUAUUUAGAUCUUCAAGAUGCUUUACUUGCAUGGAUUGAAGAUCUCCCUCUGUUGCUUAUACAGCUUGGAGAUAGACACCCAACCUGCUCCCAGGUUGUGUUACGUCUUCAACUUCGUAUUGGACAAAGUGCUUUGUUGAAUUCAUCACUUGUUUGCAUGUAUGACAACAUGCAGCAGUCAUUGCAAGAUUUUUAUGGUACAUGUCAAGACGGAGGACAGAUGUGUUAUGGUCCUUUUAUCAGGCUUCCUAGAGAAUCUCAAGAGCUCUCUUUAUGUUCCCUUUACUAUUUCUCUCAUUUGGACCUGCCUAUUUUAAAGUCAAUAGCCUGUUGUUGCCUAAGUGCUGAUUUAGACUCCUACGUCUUAUUUAGGAUCAUAGAGAUUCUUCAUUCAGCCUAUAGAGAUGGACAUAUAAAAGUUGCAGAUUACUUGAGUGUUUUCAUCACCUUGGUCUUGCGAUUCAAAGUUUCUCCUGAAAUUGGUUCCUCUGGUUUUAAGAGUGGCCCACUUCGCCAAACUUUAAAGUCAAUGACAACUGUUCUUUGCUCAUACAUUGCGCAGAUGGGUGACAAUUAUCUUGUUCUACAGAUGAUAGAGAAAGUGAUAAUUGAUCAGCUACCGCAAAAGCCUUCUUUGGAUAAUAGUUGUUCUCUCCUGAGAAUGCUUGUUACAGUAGAUUCGAAGCCCACAAGACUUUCUGAACAAAGCAUUACCACUCUAGGCCAUCAUCUUUCAGAAUAUCUGAUGGAUGCUGUGCAGUGCAUUCCAGAAGAUGAUGAACAGGGAACUCCUUCCAUUCUAUCAAGUACCCAGCAUUAUUAUCUUCUACCUUGUUUUUUCUUGUUUGACCGGUGCCAUAAAGUUAUGAAUCUUGUGUUAAAGAAAAUGGGAUCAGCUAUAUCUGAAAGUAGUUUGUUACCGAUAUCUGACAAAUGUACUCAACAUACAAGAAACUGCUUGAAUAGGGUUAAUGCUGUUACUUCUGUACUUUUGGUGAUGCACAAGGAUGCUAAAUUACAACAGAUUAUGUCUUCAUUCAAGGAAGAUAUUGAUAACGCCAUACACCAAGUUCUUUCUUUACAGUCAUCUGGGUGGAUCAGUAUGGCAAUUGAAGAAAGGCAUGAAAUAAAAUGUGCUCUUGAACGACUGAAAAUCUUAACGAGAUAA